AACAAACACGGCGAGCUGUGGAAUUCACUUCCUAUAUUCCAUCUCCAAUGGCAACGCACGUCAUGCUUUACGGCUAGACGACACCCACACCGCCACUGCCGUAAACCCCGACGUGACGCUGCGCCUCUGAGGUUCAGGAAGAGGAGAUGGCCAAAGGGAAAGGGAAGACUAACAGCAGUGGCAGCAGAGCUCAAUUAAGGUCAAGGAAGCGGGACCGAUCAGGAGAUGAAAUCCCUCAGACUGAUGAUGUCCAGGCUCCUCUCAAACAACAGAACACAAAAGAAGACAGUACAUCUGUCGUUGCUACACCACAGCUCCCUCAGUGCCUUCUGCAGGUAUGUGCCAUUAUAACUCAUCAACAGGAUCAGGCAGCCGAAAAGCCCUGUCUCACCAAACAAGAUGAAUCCAAAGAGGAUCAACUUUCAGAAAAACCAAAUACUUGCUUGAAAGAUGUGACGGUUAAAACUUUUGAAGGGCAACAAGAGUCUAGUGUCAUCACCUCUUCUGAGCUGGAAGGCUGUAUGGUCCAUUCUAAUAAUGAUACCAACAAGAGUGGAAUAGAAGAAGAAUCUCCACAGGACAAUAUCAGACCUCCACCUCCAACAGGCUCUGAUCAACCCCAGGUCUUCUUGCCAACCUCUGAAGAGGGGGAUGGAUCCGGUGCAGCUACUUUGGAGAAGCAACUGGAUCCCAAGGAAACCUCUCAGGGUGAUCUAGCGAAAAACCACGAAACCAGCCAAGAAGAUACAUGCACCUUGUCCAUGGCUGAUGUCAAGGAAAUCACAAAAGAGGCAGCGGUGGGAUUACGAACCAAAAAAAAGAGACGGAUGGGUAUGUGUGGCCUGACAGAGAAGGAGCGAAGUCAUUUUUUACUGGCACAGAAGCGUGAAAAUGAGCAGGGCGGAGUGGAGGAAGUUGAGAGGCAGAUUUGUAGUAAUGCAGCUGACCCUGGGACCCAGGAAAGGAUUAUAUCUUCACUCUUCGGUCCAUCCUCACUUCUCUCCAUCCCUGUCGAUGGUAUCGCAGAGCAGAACCCAGCAGAGACGCUGAAGUCCUGUCGCUGUGGAGUGAACAACAGGGCAGAGACUGAAGUCCAUGUCGCUGUCACAACCUCAGAUGGGUUCAGUCCUGCGUGUGACCCUGGCAGCUCGGAGGUAAAGAGCUGUGAAGCUGAGAGAGGCACAGAGCCUGGUCCAGAACAAACUGGUGAGCCAGAGUCAUGUCACCAGGAGAAGCAGGAACUCGAGGAAGGUAAAACUGUGAUUACGACCGAAACACCUGAGAAGCAAAGUACAGACGGAGAAGAUAAGUCGACAGAGGCUGGUGGUUGUGCUGCCAUGGGUUCUUACUUGAAUCCAGCUGAAAAUGAGGAAAGUGAGAAAAAGAAGGCGACUGCGGGUCUUCAGGUGCAAAGAGAGACCGAAACAAGUGAUGAGUUAGAGGAAGAGAUGAUGGUUGAUGGCAGUGAUGGAAGCGAAGAAGAGGGAAUCUCAUCCACCAUCACUGGGCCUGGAGGGUUUAACUGUGGUUCUGUGGAGCUCAGUGAAGCUGCAGUGACACCUCCUGGCAAGAAAGACUGUCAUGAUCUUAAAUAUGAACUUGCUCCAACUACUGUAACCACUGGCCACACUCGCACCAGGGACCCCACUGAAGUGAUUGCAUCUGGAGGCUUAGAUUACGUGUCGGACUCACAGCUCAACACUAUUGUUCUAAUUGACGAGGAGGUGAAGCAGAGGGAGAAGACGUUUGGUUCCUCAGACAAUCCUGGAGACGCCACAGACCUGAUCUGUGGACUAAUCAGGGAACUCUCCUCUCUAAAUCAGAAGGUCAUGGCCACACAUCGGGAGCUGGAGAACCUACAGCGCGGCAGUAAAGCUUCGAAAAGCUCCCUGCAUUAAGGACUUCAAUGAGGUACCCGAGCUUAGCCCCAGUGGUUCAUGGGCAAUGAAGUAACUUGUGCCCUGCUACAAUCCUUUCAGAUUUCCUUGUCACUGGCAGCUGGAAUGUUAAGUUUAUUGGCUGCAAUGUUCUGGUUCUCCCCAAAUAAAGCUUG